AUGUCAUCAAGUUACGAAAGGACGUCCUCGUACGAUCCCGAGCAUCCCGAGGACGACAGCCCUCACAAAGCGGCGACCGCAUCUCGCCCGAGCUUGAGCAUCCGCUCCUUGAUGCAGCCGCGUAGCUUUGGCAUCGGUCGGGCGCGUGCCAUCAUGCUUGGCUCUUUGGUGAUUGCGUCGGCAAUAUGCGUCGCUCACCAUUUCUUGCUCUCCUAUCUCGACGGGAGGGAUGUCGAGGAUUUCAAGCUGUCUCAGACCUGGGUCCGGGACAUCGGGAACGCCUUGGCAAAAUUCGUGCAGCUCGCUCUCAGGUUCUCCAACGGAGUGGUCCUCACGCAGAGUAUAUGGCUGUUCGUUCGGGGCAACCGCGUCACCUUGAAUGAUCUCGACACGUUGUUCGCUCUGCCUUCCUUUGAAAGCAUCCCCUCGACCCUAAUCAGAGGAAGUGUGCUCCCUGCUCUCCUGCUUUCAGCAGUGAUAGAGACGCUCUCUCUUAUUGGCAUCUUUGCGCCAAAUGCUCUAUCGGUGGUACCCGCUGGCUCUCCCAUGAAUUCGACCAUCUGGGUGUAUUAUCCAAACCUCUAUAACGUCAAUUUGAACCAAAGCUCUGAGUUCGAGACGAUCAACUCCUCCGGCCUUGUCCGCUACAAAGGACCUUCUUCUGCUAUGCAAGGGCUCACGCAAGCGGUCUUGCAUAGCGGUAGCGUUCUGCCUGUGUCAGCUCCUCAGGAGUGUGGCCGAGGUUGUAGCUAUGAUCUGAAUUAUCGCGCUACUGCAUUGAAAUGUGAAGAGAUUGCACCGUCCUCCAUCGACGUGUACAACUCUAGUGCAUCCGAGACCACACUGGCGAUCGUAGACCCCAGGGUCCAAGUCUCUAAUCCCACGCACUUCAUGGAAAGUGCCUAUGUGUAUAACGCCACCGCUAGCUUCGGCUACAGUAUCAACCAAACUACGACGUCUGCUCCGUCUUUGCGAUCAUCUCCCUUUGGGCAGACAUUCUCUCUUGAUCUCAUCUUUGCCACGAACAAUUUCACGUUACCGUUCACAACGAGCGUACCCAUCCGUUACAAUCUGACCGGAUAUUCGUGCGGGUUCUACGACGCGGCAUACGACACUUCCUUCAACUACUCAGCUGAGGGCCAGACAACUAUCGUCCGUAACGUGAGCUACGGUGUUCAACUCGGUCCUCUCUCAGACCCUGGGGGACUGAACGUGGCGGAUAUAUAUGAUUCCUUUGAGGAUAUUUCGCCUGAAGACUAUCUGUCCCCCCUAAUGCCAUUUGCAGCGCAGCUCCAGACGAAUUAUUCUGUUUUGGCCCUCGCCGACGCCUUCUCGAGAUACUUCUACGGGACUCUAGCCUUCUCUACCAACUCGACUAACGAUCCGGGACCCCUUUAUCCAAGUGCAGUGCUCAACUCUAUAUUCGCCAUCCGCUCGGCGGGCGAUGGUGAUACCACGUCUGAAAGUUUAAACACGCUAUCGUUCUCCCUCAUCUCGACGUCAUACAAUAAUACCGCUCGACUAUUGGAGGACGCGUUCGCGAAUCUGACAUUGUCGGUGAUGUCGGAUACGCAUUUCGGUCUAUACGGGGGAUUGGAUGAACGCAUAACCCCGGCAAUCGUCAUACCGGACACCACCGUGUACAAGUACCAGCCCUCUCGCCUAUGGAUUGUGUAUGGUAUAGCACUUGCUACCACCCUCCUCACCAAUCUCUACGGACUAUUCUGUAUCUUCAGAAACAAGGGUGCAAUGCAACGCCAGUUCUCUUCGAUCGCUGCAUCAGUAAGGGCCCGCGAAUUGGACACGCUCCUCGGCGAGCCCGGCGAGCCAUUGCUUGCCCGAGCCGAAAGCGUCAAGCUACGAUAUGCAGCGGGAGGGAGUUCGCUAGGCGAGAGAGCGGGCUUCAGGAUUGCCGACGACGGUGAAGUCGGAGACGAGAAGGCAUCCGAACGUGUCCAGCUUUUGACAAGCGACGAGUCGGAUGCGCGGUUUGCGAAGGUGCUUCCACCUUUCCCGGAGGUUCUGUAG